GCGCUGCGCGGGCGCGCCGCGGCCGCCUCGCCGUCGCGCGUGGCCAGCUCCAUCCGGGGCUACCUGACCGACAAGGUCGGAUCGCUGCAGCUCAGAGACACAGCGGAGUCGCUGCUGUCGCUGCCGAAGAGAUGGCUCAGCACACAGGGCUUCGGUACAGAGGACGAGGAGUUCCAGAACGUCCAGCUGCCCAAGCUGCCGGUACCAGACCUGCAGGAGACACUGGACACGUACCUGGAGCUGGCGGCGGUGGUGGUGAGCGGCCAGCAGCUGGAGACCAGCCGUGCUGUCGUUCGCGGCUUCAUGGAAGAGCUGGGGCCAAGGCUGCAGGAGGCGCUACUCGACCGGCAGCGGGAGAUGGAUAACUGGGUGACAGAAUGGUGGCUGGACGACAUGUAUAUGAAGGUGCGACUGCCUCUGCCCAUCAACUCAAGCCCGGGCAUGGUGUUCCCGCGGCGGCGCUUCGGAAGACUGGAUGAGGUGGCUGACCUGGCCGCGCUUUUCAUUGACGACCUGCUGGAUUACAAGGAGAUGCUGGAUCGAGGUGAACUGCCGCUAGAGCGCGCCACCAGCCGCGAGAAGGGCCAGCCGCUAUGCAUGGAGCAGUUUUACCGCCUGCUAGGAGUCUGCAGGGUCGCGGAGGUCGGCCGCGAUCGGCUCGAGCUGCCCGCCCGAGGGGAGGGGGAACAGGAGGAGCUGGUCAUCGUGGCUUGCAGGAACUACUUCUACCGCCUGCUGGGAGUCUGCAGGGUCGCGGAGGUGGGCCGCGACCGUCUCGAGCUGCCCGCCCGGGGGGAGGGGGAACAGGAGGAGCUGGUCAUCGUGGCCUGCAGGAACUACUUCUACCCGAUCCCGGUGAAAGCUGCCGACCGCGGACGCCUGACCCCUGGCGAGAUGCAGGCACAGCUACUGCAUGCCAUGGUGGACGCGGCCGGAGCACCCCUUGCUCCCCGCGUCGGUUUGCUGACGUCCAUGGACCGGGACAAGUGGGCUAAGGCCAGGGAACACCUGAUUAGAGAUGAGAACAACCGCACCAACCUCGAGCUGAUCUCUCGAGCCCUGUGCAUCGUGUGCCUGGACGAGGGCGGCGGCGACCGGCCCGAUCUGGACGCAGACACCAACGCCAUGCUGCGCGCCAUGCACGGCGCAGGCACCAGGCACCACUCCGCUAACCGCUGGUUCGACAAAACCGUGCAGCUUAUCAUCUCCUCGGACGGCAUGGUAGGCAUGUGCUACGAGCACAGCGCGGCGGAGGGGGUGGCGGUUGUUCGUUUGGCCGAACGCGCCCUAGCUCGAGCCGAGGUGGCCGACCGACCUGCCCCGCCCCCCGCCCUGCUACCAGCACCUGUGGCUAUGCGCUGGAAUGUAACGCCAGAUGUGCAGAGGACUAUUGAGACAGCUGCCAGGGAUUUAGACAGAGCCAUAGGCGACCUGGACCACAAAGUGUACACGUACACAGGCUACGGGCGCGAGUUCAUGAAGUCUUGCCGCGCCAGCCCCGACGUCUACAUCCAGCUCGCGCUCCAGUACGCUUACUACAAGAUGUACGGCUACCUCGUCUCCACCUACGAGUCGGCCUCCUUACGGCGCUUCCGCAACGGUCGCGUGGACAACAUCAGGUCGGCGCACGACGCAGCCCUGGCCUGGGCCGCCGCUAUGUGCACGGCCGAGACUCCGCCCCUCGGAGACGCCGACGACGGCCAGAAGAAGGUCUCUUUUAACUUGUACGGGGAGCAAAAGAAACUCGAGCUGUUCGAGGAGGCAGUCCGCAAGCAGACCUCGAUCAUGGAGGCCAACAUCCUGGGCCGCGGCAUCGACAACCACCUGCUAGGGCUGCGGGAAGCCGCGCGCGAGGCGCUGGGCUCGCUGCCGGCGCUCUUCACCGACCCCACUUACAAGCAGAUGAUCGAGUACAAGCUCAGUACUAGCCAGGUGGCCACCACAACCGACGGCACAUUCAUGGGCUACGGCGCAGUGGUUCCAGACGGCUACGGCUGCAGCUACAACCCAAAGAAGGACUGCGUCAUCUUCUGCAUCUCCUCUUUUACCUCCUCCAGCGUCACCAACACCGAGGCCUUCAGGCAGUCGCUGGAGGAAGCCCUGGACUCCAUGAAACUCAUGUUCCAGAACAAAAAACCUGACAACUGAAACAACUAAGAUUUGGAAAAGUAUUGACACACUUGUGUCUUUUAAACAAGAUGAUCUCUUAUAUUAUUGUUCGCACGAAAGAUUAUUAUAAGGAAAUGAAUA